AUGCAGAGCCCAUGGUUUGGCACUGGAUUUCUGAUCAUGCUGAUUUGUCCUUGCAAACCCGUUUCGCGUCAGCACUUCUAUUUUUCAAUCACACACACCCAUCAUCAUCUUCUUGUCUAUCUAAUAAUAGACAGUACAGUAGCACUGGUUCUGUGCGUUUGCCAGAUCAACGCUUAUUACGAUCCGAACGGAAUUCCCAAGGGUUGUUUCAGGCCUAAUGAGAAGUACGCGUGUGGAAGUGCUUGUCAGGUGACGUGUGCCACCCUUGGACAAACCUGUGACAUCAUUAAUAAAAAAUGCAACGAUCGUUGCUAUUGUGAAGAAGGAUACGCUCGUGAUCAAACUGGUUCUUGUGUAUCGAUCGAUAAAUGCAAUGACAGACUGAACGGUAUUUGCGGGAUCAAUGAAGAAUUACGCUUGGAUUUCUAUACGAGAAACGAGUGCAUUCCUCAGUUAUUAACUGAAGAGGUCGAGGAGGGAGACAAAUAUGGUUGUUAUUGCAUUGAAGGAUACUUGAGGGACCCAUCCGGUCUCUGCGUUCCUUUCAAUUAUUGUCCGAUGCCCUAAAGCAGAGGUUUUCAAACUUUUAGAAAAUUAUACAUUUUAUUAAAUAUAAUGAAUAUUCAUACUAAGGUUAUGUAUUUAUAUCAA